GGACCCCAACCAACACCAAAACGAUGCACAUGAACAUGAUUUCAUAAAUUGUAAUUAUUUUCAAAAAAAAAAAAACUAGUAUUCAACGCAAUAUGUAAUAUAGAAAAGGCUAAACGUAAUACGUGCUAUAUGAAUAAAACGUCUCAUUACAGUACGGCAGAUGUGUAGGUGUCCGAUGAUUUCGCCUGCCUGAAACUCUCACCACCACCGCGGCGCCUGACAGCCCGAGCGAUCGCCGUCAAUCAUUCAUUCAGUCUUUUUCUCCGUUUCUCUCUAUCGGAAUCUCCCGAACCGGCUCCAGCAUGUUCGAGGAGGCCAGCGAGGUGUUGGAGAACAUGUUAAAGUGGUCGUUCCCGCUGAGUUUGGUGCUGUUUCUGGUGCUGGUGUGUCCGCUGCGCGCGGAAGCGGCGCAUGAGUUCAGUGUGUACCGCAUGCAGCAGUACGACCUGCAGGGACAAACCUACGGUUCACGUAACGCCAUUUUAAACACCGAGGCUCGUUCGGUGGAGGCCGAGGUGCUCAGCCGUCGAUGCGUGAUGAUGCGGCUCGCCGAUUUCUCUUUCGAGAAAUACCAGAAGGCCCUCCGGCAGUCUGCGGGAGCCGUGGUCAUCAUUCUGCCCCAGAACAUGUCCACUAUGCCCCAGGACAUAGUGCAGCAGUUCAUGGAGCUGGAGCCGGAGCUGUUGGCCACCGAGACCAUCGUGCCCGUGUACUUCGCCCUGGAGGACGAGGAGCUGCUGUCCAUCUACACACAGACGCAGAUCUCCUCUUCCUCACAGGGGUCUUCAUCAGCGGCUGAAGUGCUGCUGCACACAGCGACGGCUAAUGGUUUUCAGAUGGUGACCAGUGGAGCUCAGAGUAAAGCUGUCAGUGACUGGGCCAUUACCAGUCUAGAGGGCCGUCUCACGGGUGCGGGAGAAGAUCUGCCCACUAUCGUCCUGGUUGCGCACUACGACUCUUUCGGGGUUGCUCCGUGGCUGUCGUACGGCGCGGACUCGAACGGGAGCGGAGUGGCUGUGUUGCUGGAGCUCGCGAGACUGUUUUCCAGACUCUACUCGUACAAGAGGACGCAUGCAGGAUACAACCUGCUGUUUUUCUUGUCUGGAGGCGGGAAAUUUAACUACCAAGGCACUAAACGCUGGCUGGAGGACAAUCUGGAUCACACAGAUUCCAGUCUUCUCCAGGACAACGUGGCGUUUGUGUUGUGUCUGGACACUCUGGGUAACAGCGACAACCUUCACCUCCAUGUGUCCAAACCACCGAAAGAGGGAAGCCCACAGCACACACUCCUCAAAGAGCUGGAGACCGUGGCGGCCCAUCAGCACCCCGAGCUGAAGUUCUCAAUGGUCCACAAGAAGAUCAACCUGGCGGACGACACGCUGGCGUGGGAACACGAGCGCUUCGGCAUCCGCCGCCUGCCCGCCUUCACCCUGUCCCGCCUGGAGAGCCACCGCAGCCCCGAGCGCCACUCCAUCAUGGACAUGCGGUCAGUGUCGGGACAGGCCACCGCUGGGCCUCACGUGGAUCUGGCGAAACUCACUCGCAACACUAAAGUCAUCGCAGAAACACUGGCCAGAGUGAUAUACAACCUGACCGAGAAAGGUGCCAGCGGAGACCUGGAGAUCUUCACUGAACAGAUGCAGGUGCAGGAGGACCAGCUGGUGUCACUGGUGGACUGGCUGACGGCACAGCCACGGGCCGCACAGCUGCUGGAUAAAGACAGUAGUAUUGUUAACACACUGGAGUAUUACCUGAACCGCUAUCUGAAGGACGUCAAGAGGCAUCUGGUCAGAGCCGACAAGAGGGACCCUGAAUUUGUCUUUUAUGAUCAACUUAAGCAGACCAUGAACGCUUACAGGGUAAAACCAGCGAUCUUUGACCUGUUGCUCGCUGCCUGUAUCGCAGCUUAUCUUGGAGUGCUGUAUUUGGCCGUCCUGAAUUUUGGAUUUCUGUACGGUUUCCUGCGUAGAGUCACGGCUCCUCGGGUCAAACAACACUAACCCGUGCCCGCCUGUCUCUUCACGCACCUGCAAUACGAGGAGCCAAGAGUGUGUUUGCGUUCUUAACAUCACACCUAGAUUUUUUGAUUGAUUGAUUACUUUUUUGAGAAUGUGCAUUAAUUUCCAUGCCAAGUGUUUCAUCCACUACAUCUCCAUCUGCCUUUCAAGUCUUCCUGGUCUCGAUGUUGCCUCAAAUUCUGUUUCCCUAAAACGGCAAUCCAUAAUCAUUCAAACGGAGUUAAUCAUGCAAACUUUACUGCUGUCAGAAAUCCCCUCAGCAUGUGGUUAUUCUUCACGGGCAGCUACAAAGUGGGCCAAAAUUGUUGCUGUUUGAGUUGAAGUCUGUUGACGCUCAAUAUUGAUUCUCAAUGUUUGUCACGCGAGUCUCGACUCAAACUGCUGAUUCUCUUCGGAGUGAGUAUUACAUUGUGAGGUUAGGCAACCGAAAAUAUGCAUUUCAUGUGUUGCAGAUUCUUUUAUCCUAAAGUUUUUCCUCAAUUAUUAAACUCCAUGGUUCUUAAGAUGUUUAUAACUCCCAUUUCGUUAUUCCACGUGUCGUUUUGACAUCCGAAGUCCAGUUCUGUUUUCACUAUUUAUUAGGAAGCAGUGUGGUACAAAUUUGCUGUUAUUUAUGGAAGCUGAUAUGCUUCAUCAUGCACUGAUUACAUUUUUUUUUUUUUUUUGGUUCUCCAAACUUGAUUUAACUUUAAAAAUCAGAGGUACAUAAACUUGAUUCUUAAGGGAGAAGGAUGAAAAAAAUAAAGGCAUUUGUUGAAUUAAGAACACA